UCCUGAUCUCUUUCUUUUCUUUAUUUUCUUCCUUUAUUCUGUUCAUAAAAUGUCGUCAUGCAUCAUUGCUGGUUAUACCAUUACAAAGACAGCCCCUUUAAACCUUAGUGUGGAAGAGGCCAUUUCAGAUUCAAAGAAAGUCAGUUCGUUUCUUUUACAGACAUUGACCAUGAUGGAACCACAUCAGAUCAAGGCAAAUGAAAUAGCAAAGGACGCAUAUGAGGAGUGUUUGCAAUUAAGAGACUAUCUAUCGGAGCAACUCUGGUCUGUAUUUGAUGAUGAAGGUAUCUCUUCUGUUCAAGCAGCCCUAGAUGACCUUUCUCAAGCAUUAUCAAAAUAUGAAAUGAUGUAUGAAGCGAUUGAAGGAGAAUGGGAGUUUGUCGACGCUUCUUGCUAUGUCUCAGCCUGUUAAAAUACCCCCUCCCUCAUUUUUUCCUUUCUUUAUUCUUCAAGUAGCUACUAUUUUAUACACCUUGGUGCAAAUAUCAUUCAUAUUCAAAGAAAACAAGCUUAAUAAAUCUUAACUAAAGCAUGUAAUCCUUCUGUGAUAUCAAUUGUACUAUAUGUUAUACCAACAGCAUCAUGUUGAUACUACUUUCAUUUGCAUGACAUCAGCGGUGAUUAGAAAUGGAAACAGGCACAGUAUAGUUGCACCGAGGUAGCCCUGCCAUUUUGAGCCUUGACGUGUAUUACAAAGCUUGAUUGGGAUAUGUUUAAUAUCUUUAUAGAUAGCUUAAAUCAAAUCACAUAAUAAAACCAUCCUCCGUUUAAAAUAACGAA